UUUAGAAAUAUAAUUUGCAUAAAAUUUGGGAGUGACGCCUCUGACGUGAACCACUCCAAUUUUCUUCCUCGUUUGUUUCUUCACUUUCUCUCCGAUCUUCUCCCAUCGCCGCUUGCGCCCCCACGCCGACCUUCUCUUCUCCACCGCCGAAUCAUUCUACGUGCUCUUGUUUUUGACCUUGGGCCUUUGGUUUUACAUGGUGGUCUGGUGGCUGCCCACCUUCAAUGUCUAUCGCCGAAUUUCCUACCAACGUCGAUCACGUCCACAUCAAUAGCAGCAGCCCCAACGCCGCCGAUCACUAUCAGCUUAAUCGCAACCAUUCCCAGGGUCAUCGUCAUCCUUGCGUCUCAUCCAAGCGCAAGUUAGAUGAAUAUGCUCCCAAUUUCGACGAUGAUGACGAGGACGAGGACGAGGACGUUCACUUGUUUAACUUAGUUUCUGUCAGAAUGAAGAGGGGUGAGACGUGUGUGAUCGACUGCUCUUCUGACGGCCGGCUCGGUGAAGGGACUAGCACCGACUGUGAGCAACGGGAUUUUGAUGCCCUUUCGACCUCUUUGGCGGCAGAAACCUCGCCAGAGCCCACUCCCUCUUCGUACGAGUUGCAAUUUUUUGUUAGAACGAUCUCCGCUGGGAAUACUAUGGUAAUGCUUGCAAAUAUUAACGAUACUGUGAUGUCGCUUCAUGAACGCAUUCAAGCUAUUACGCGUAUACCAAUUUUCGAGCAGAGAUUGAUAUAUAGGGGAAGGCAACUCCGGCACGAACAGACACUCCUCGAUUGUUCGAUACAGAACAAUGCGGAGUUGCAAUUGGUUGGUCGCAUGAGAAGCACGGAGCAUCCGAAGGCUUGGCAGAUUGUUGACGAUAUGGUUUCGUUGAUUCUACGACUUUAUAGGGGCGAAACUGUGUUUUCUGCUUUGGAAAUUAUCACUACCUCGAUGACUGAUUUCUUAAGUUUGGCUACGGCAACGGACUUAGAUCAGACAAUUAAGCAACUCCAAAUUUUCUUGUCCCUCUCCGCCCCAGCUGCGCUAGUGAUGCUUUAUUUGUCUCCGAUGAAAGGUAAUAAAGAGUGUGCUGAUAAUCUGAUUAAGCAUUUUAUGGAUUUACUUCGCCAUUCAGUUUCCAAACAGUUGCACAAGUGUUGUGCGAUUAUAGCAUUAGAAUUUUGUAAUUUGCUUAGGAGAGAUAAUCCGGAGGAUAGUUUAUAUGUUUUAUGCCGAAGUACUCUGGGUUCAUUAUUGGAGGCUGAUGCAAUUGCUUGCGGGAUGAGAUGUAUAGAAAGUGUUAGGGAACCCAUCAAAACACUUGAACUCAUUCCGUUUGUUGACGAGUUAGCCAAUAAAUUGUCCAUCGAUUUGUCCUCAAGUAUACGGUCUCCCACAAGUGCAGGGCCUUCUGCGACUGAUAUUCGUGAUUUUACAGCAUUUUCGCUUCCUUUGCACAAAGCAAUUGAAGGACAACUGAGUUUUCAUUGCUCCAAGCGUGUGCCUCUGUAUAGGGGAGGUUAUAGAGAUCCUUCUUAUGGUGAAGAGGGCGAAUUUCUUUAUAAUAUAUAUCUUGGUUUGUUGAAAAAGAUGGAUAUGUGCCUUCAAGAAAUGCAAAAUUUUUUGGUUGACAAAGAAAAGGGGGACCAUGUAAUCCCAUAUCCCGGAUGGUCUCAAUAUCUUGCAAUUCUAGAAAAAUUGAAUAGCACCUCCCAUCUCUUCCAGGGUCUUGAAGAAGAAUUUUGGACAAUCAUGAAGCCAAGGAAAUCUUCUAUUUGUGAGCUUAUUGUGAGAUUUGCAAAACGAGGCGAUGAUUACUCAUGGAUUCUUUGCCAUAAGGAUGUAAUGAAUUCUGAAUCUAGAAGGCAUUUGUCGAUGCUCAUGUUUCCAGAGCCAACAGAAGAUUACGAAGAGUUGCAGGAAAUGCUGAUUGAUAGGUCCCAAUUGUUGGAAGAAUCGUUUGAGUACAUCUCAAAUGCAAGUGUUGAGGCUCUACGCCAUGGACUCUUUAUGGAAUUCAAGAAUGAGGAAGCUACAGGUCCUGGUGUCUUGCGAGAGUGGUUUUUUCUGGUCAGCAAGGCUAUUUUUAACCCACAAAAUGCCCUUUUUGUUGCAUGUCCCAAUGACCGAAGAAGAUUCUUUCCCAACCCUGCUUCAAAGGUGGACCCUAUGCAUCUCAAUUAUUUCAAAUUUUCUGGCAGAGUUAUUGCACUAGCUUUGAUGCAUAAAGUGCAAAUUGGUAUCGUCUUUGAUCGUGUUUUUUUCUUGCAAUUGGCUGGAAUGUGCAUCUCCUUGGAGGAUAUACGAGAUGCUGAUCCAUACUUAUAUAAUAGCUGUAAGCAGAUUCUUGAUAUGGACGCCAAUAUUGUUGAUUCAGAUGCUUUAGGACUUACAUUUACUUACGAUUUCGAGGAGCUAGGAACAAGAAAUGUUCUGGACCUUUGCCCAGGAGGCAAAGACAUGGUUGUCAAUAGUAAGAAUCGUGGGGAAUAUGUUAAGCUUCUAAUAGAGAACCGCUUCAUGAAAUCUGUCUCUGAGCAGAUAUCACAUUUUGCAAGUGGUUUUACUGAUAUACUUUCUGACAAAAUAUUACACGAAUGCUUUUUCAAAAACCUAGAGCCUGAAGAUCUUGAUUGGAUGCUAUAUGGGAGUGAAAGUGCAAUCUCUGUUGAAGAUUGGAAGGUGCACACCGAAUACAAUGGCUACAAAGAAAAUGAUCUCCAGAUAUCCUGGUUUUGGAAGAUUGUGUCCGGGAUGACACUGGAGCAGAGGAAGAAUCUUCUGUUCUUCUGGACUUCAGUCAAAUACCUUCCAGUCCAGGGUUUCAAAGGCUUGGCUUCAAAGCUCUACAUUUACAAGUCUUCGUCUCCAUGUGAUCAUCUUCCUUCUUCUCAUACAUGCUUUUUCCGGCUGUGCUUCCCGCCGUACCCCACCAAGUCUAUCAUGAAAAGUCGCCUUCAAAUUAUCACUCAAGAGCACGUCGGAUGUAGCUUUGGUACAUGGUAACCCCCCUUUUGCUUGGAUUUUGUCUGCACAUAUUUUUGUUCUGGCCUUGUACAGAAUCCACAGAUAAGAAUGGCCAUCCCCGUGUUUUGUGAUCAGACUUUUAUUGCAGCUUCUAAGGUUUUAUAGUCCUAGUUAAUUUUCAAUAAAAUGUCAUUCCUAAUUUUCAGUGUCCAGAAUUGUGGUACCCAAGAGGAAGAAUAUUCUCUUACGCUAACUCUUAUGGAUUUCUUUGUAUUAAUUGCAACUUUAACUCUCAACUGUAAGUAUUUUUCCGUUGUGUGUACAAGUUCUUUAUAGAA